AGAAAUCGAACCCAAGAAACUCGAUCUUCAAGUUUUCAUGUAGAGAGGACAAAUUGGCAGGCAGCAGGAUGCGGUGUGCUACGCGACAACCGAACUUGACAACGCCUUCUUGAAAAGAUCAAGCUUUGAUUGAUCAAAAUAAGUUCUUAUCCUUCUUUCCAAAGGGAGAAACCGACUUGAUCAUAAGUUCAGAUAAUCGAAUAAAACACAUAGUUAUCUUGUCUGGACUGAUUCGUACAAACAUACUUUCUGCCGCUUAGUUGCAACUACCUCAAUAAUCUAUUCAUAUCGUGUAAUUGCCCCCUUUUCACUUCCCACAUUUCAAAGCUGCGAUCUUUGGCCUCUACGAUAAGCGGAAAUGGAGGAGGGCGGCGGAGUGAAGCUCGACAGGUGUGGGUACGAGGUGAAGACUUGCUCCGAUGACUGUGUCGCCGCCAUCAACUCUUACUACCACCAGGUUCUGAGCUACGGGAGAGGGAGGCGUGUGAUUCUGGAAGCAGCUAAAUGCGAUAAAGAUUGUGUCUUGGCCAACACUUUGGCCGCUCAUUUCCUUGGCUCCGCUGAUUCUCCCCACCUCCAAGCAGCAAAGGCUCGACUUGAUCAAGCAACUCCGUACGAGAGAGCGGUUUUUGGAGCAGUCAGUUAUCUAAUUUCUGAUAAUAGGGACGAUGAUGUUGCUGUUGAACUUCAUUCCAAGCUUCUAAAUGACUACCCUAAGGACCUGGUUUCUCUAAAAAGAGGUCAAGUACUAUGCUUCUACAUGGCUAGACCAGACCUGUCUUUAAACCUUGUACAAAAGGUUCUUCCAAGUGCGGAGCAAGAAGAUUAUGUUUACGGGAUGCUUGCCUUCCCGUUAUUGGAGCUUGGUCGGAUGGCUGAAGCUGAGAAUGCUGCCAGAAAGGGGUAUGAGAUAAACAAGAACGAUUAUUGGGCACAGCAUGCUCUCUGCCAUGUUUUCCAGUAUCAAUGUCGUUUCAAAGAAGCAGUAGAGUUCAUGGAAGAAUGCUCCACUUCAUGGACUCCUUGUUCGUCAUUUAUGCUGACACAUAAUUGGUGGCACGUUGCUCUUUGUUACCUAGAAGGUAAUUUUAAGAUAACGAAAGUUAUGGAAGUCUAUGAUCAUCGAAUCUGGAAAGAGUUGGAAAGAAGUGAUGCCAUGCCCCCUGAGGUGUACCUAAAUGCUUUAGGUUUGUUGUUACGUUUGUCUAUUCGAGGACUACUUGAUGAUAUCUUUGAUGAUCGAUUCAAGGUCUUGGCGGAUCGUGUAGCAGAUGAAGCAAAUUGGUUUUUGGAGUGGCACCUUGAUGUGUUGAUAUUGUGGGCCUUGACGAAAGCUGGUAAAAUUUCUAAGGCAGAAGGUCUACUCAAUGGCUUGAAAUCCAGAAUUUCGAAGAUGAACAAGAAGAAGCAGCAAGUGAUGCAGAAGGCAAUACUGCUUGCAGAAGCCUUGUAUGAAUACACCAAGGGGAACGACAAACAAGCACUGGAGCUACUCGGUCUGGAUUUUGAUGUCAAUGGUUGCAAGGUGUUUCUCAUUUGAAUUUGCAGUCUCUACCCUUUUGCAGUUAACUAGUGGGAAUCUAAAACCCGGGCUGUUCCGUGUUUAGAUAAUUGGAGCAUCUGACGAGCAACUUGAUGUGUUCCACGAAGUUUGGUUCAGCAUACUGCUGAAUACUGGCGAAGGAACCAAAGCAAUCGGAGCAAUCGAGAAGCAUAUCAAGAAGCGGGAUGGAACCCCUUUCACAUGGCGCCUACUGGAGAGAGGGUACCGGAGAGAGGGUAGGGAAGAAGAUGCUGCAUCAGUUGCCGACAAGGCAACAUCACUGGAAGCUGCCUACUUCAACUAGGGAGUAGAUUACCGGAGGAACAAUCGUUCACCCCUUAAUUGGUCUCUUCUUGUACUACUGAGUACUGACUAAUACACCACAAACUCAAAAAGAACAGCAAAGACUACAACUUAAUAAAUAUAUUCUGGAAAUCGCACCUUUUCUCAUCCAACCAUUGUUACUCGAUUCCAUAUCAUAUUAAUUAUUAC